AUGUUUAUCGGUGUGUCAGACUGGCUGCUAACAGUACUGUCUAUUGUGUUCACCCUGGUAUCCAUUGUUCAUUCCGGUUGUUACCAAAAGCAGUUAUGCUGCUUAGGACUUAAUUUUACUUGUAUCGGAAUCGACAAUGGAAUUGGUGAUAUACCUGUAAAAUUUCGUUGGCAAAGGUUGAAGAAAGAUCGAAAAGGCAAAUGGGAUCCUGCUGUUUAUAAUAGAAAAAUGAAACGAAACGAUAAAUUGACGUUGCGAGAAUUAAUUCCUUUGGAUGGUACAGGAUUUGGAGCGCUCAGUAAUCACGACUAUGGUCUGUUCGAUAAUUCCUUGAACAGUAAACGAGAACAAACUGAAACAGUAAAACUACCUAAUAAUACUACGGUAUCACCAUUUGUUCGUUAUCAACUCAUUUUCGGUCAGCCAUUUUACCCCAAAGGAGAACAGCCGGAAACAACACUUUAUUACCAACGCCACAAACUUAUUCGGUAUUCAUUACUGAAUCGUCAUAUUCCAUUAACAGUGAAGGAUUUGAGAAGUAUCGGAUGGCCAAAUGAUGUCACUAAGUUGACAUUUUUGGGAAAUACCGCCUAUGAUAAUUUAUGCUAUUGUGAUGAGAAGUGUGUGACAUUUGAUGAUUGCUGCUCCGAUUACUCAUUUGCAUGCCCAUCAUCUGAUUGUGCUGUAAGCGAAUGGUCAGCUUGGUCUCAGUGUAUUCCGGAUAAGGGAAGUUGUAGAACUGGUGUGCAAACACGAAAGCGUACCAUUGACAGGAAACCAAAGCACGGUGGAACUGAAUGUCCAUCAUUGGUCGAAAAAAUGAGCUGCUUUAAAGAAUGUCCACAACCGAGGAGGCGACACCAACCAGGAAUUACACCCGUAGCGCUUCUGCUGGAUUAUUCAUACAACAAAACACGUGAAAGAUUCAGUCGUAGCAAUAUUUACAAGAAAAUAAUUGAUAUAGGAAACAAUUUGCUUUACUACUGUGGAAUUUAUGAAUUGGGUUGGGUGAAUUCAAACUGCAUUGAUAAAAAAAUCGGUAUUAAGCUUUAUGCGAGCAAUAAUAUUUGUGUAGAAUGUCAGCCAGAAGCGCAACUGCACAGUAAUGCCAAUAAAUGCACAUCUGAUCUGAAUGACGGAGAAACUGGAUUCUGGAAAUUGAUCGGACCGAAAUCAUGCAAUGGUAUCUGGAAAAGGUUAUUCAGAACAAAUAAUUGUCGUUGUGAAAUAGAAUUUCCGAAGCAUGAUUCAUUUUUGUUUGUUUAA